UCUGAUCACCGGAACAAGCAGGAGGCGGUGUCUAUCAGAGCCCAACAUUAAACAUAUCUGACGUCUAUGGCUCCAUCAUCAUCGUUUCUCAAUGACCAAAAAAAACUCGUUGCUCUCCAGUGCCUCUAAAUGCAGCCCGAUUUAUUAGCUAUAUUUCCCGUGCGUCAUUUUACCUCUAAGGACAUUUUUCGGCAUUUGGAGGCGAGUCGAAGUUUUUUUUUUUCGCGAGAAGCGGAGCGCGCUUGACCGCGAGUGAGCCCAGACUGACCGCUGCUGUCCAUCCGUGACCGCUCGGGGAUUCACAUGAGUGUCCCUCCGGUGAUCCGGGCGCCCAGCCCUGUCCCGGGCUCUCAGGGCGUCUCCUUCCACAUCCAGAUCGGCUUGAGCCGCGAGCCGGUGCUGCUCGACUCGGGUGACUUCAGCCUCGCGCAGGUCCGAGAAAUGGCGUGCUCCAUCGUGGACCAGAAGUUUCCAGAGUGUGGAUUCUACGGGAUGUAUGACAAGAUCCUGCUUUUCCGUCAUGAUCCAACCUCUGAAAACAUCCUGCAGCUGGUCAAAUGUGCAUCCGACAUCAUGGAAGGAGACCUGGUGGAGGUAGUGCUCUCUGCUUCAGCCACAGUAGAGGACUUUCAGAUCAGACCUCAUGCUUUAUUUGUCCACUCCUACCGCGCUCCAGCGUUCUGUGACCACUGUGGAGAGAUGCUAUGGGGCCUGGUUAGGCAGGGUCUCAAGUGUGAAGGAUGUGGGCUAAACUACCACAAGCGGUGUGCCUUUAAGAUCCCAAACAACUGCAGUGGUAUUCGGAAGCGCAGGUUGUCCAAUGUGUCCCUCACUGGCCUGACCAACACUCGCUCUGUGUCUGCUGAACCCUCACCCACCACCUCCGAUGAAGCCUUGCUGUCUCCUGUGAGCCCUAGCAUGGAGCAGAAGAGCCAAGCAGACAUAUUCCCCGGAAGAGGCCGCUCUAACUCUCAGUCCUACAUCGGGCGCCCCAUUGAGCUCGACAAGAUCCUGCUGUCCAAAGUCAAGGUGCCGCACACGUUCGUCAUCCACUCCUACACGCGCCCCACCGUCUGCCAACACUGCAAGAAGCUCCUCAAGGGCCUGUUCCGCCAGGGCCUGCAGUGCAAAGAUUGCAAAUUCAACUGCCACAAACGAUGUGCACCCAAAGUGCCAAACAACUGCCUUGGAGAGGUGUCAAGGAAUGGAGAUCUAUUGAGUCCUGGUGCCGAAUCUGAUGUUGUGAUGGAGGAAGGCUGUGAUGAUCAUGAUGGGGAGAGGAUCAGUCCCUUUAUGGAUGACAUGGAGGAGUCACUGGUCUCUGACCCUGUGGCACUGCUGGAUGCUGGCCAUGGUGAUCUGGUAGACUUCCAUGAUCCAGAUCCCGAUGAGUCCAGCAGAGUCAUCAGCCCAUGCACCAGCAACAACAUCCCUCUUAUGCGAGUGGUCCAAUCAAUCAAGCACACAAAGAGGAAAACCAGCAACGUCAUGAAGGAAGGGUGGCUUGUUCACUUUACCAGCAAAGACACACUGCGUAAAAGGCAUUACUGGCGAUUGGAUAGCAAGUGCAUUACUUUGUUCCAGAAUGAUACCGGGAGCAAAUAUUACAAGGAAAUUCCAUUAUCAGAGAUUCUGUCUCUGGAGCCAGCUAAAACCUUCAACCUGCUUACUGAAGGUGCCAACCCACAUUGCUUUGAGAUUGCUACCACGUCUCUGGUGUACUAUGUAGGAGAAAACCUGUCUCGGAUGGAGGACUGCCACGGCAGCAGCAUGCUUGUCAGUGGUGCUGGGCAGGACGUGGCCCGCAUGUGGGAGAUGGCCAUCCAGCAUGCCCUAAUGCCCGUCAUCUCCAAGGGGAUGGCCCACACUGGCCGGCACAGUCAGCACAACAUUUCUAUCAGCAUCUCUGUGUCCAACUGCCAGAUUCAGGAGAAUGUGGACAUUAGCACAGUGUAUCAGAUAUUCCCUGAUGAAGUUCUUGGAUCUGGGCAAUUUGGCAUUGUCUAUGGGGGAAAGCACAGAAAAACAGGCAGAGAUGUAGCAAUCAAGAUUAUAGACAAGCUGCGCUUCCCCACCAAACAGGAGAGCCAGCUACGCAAUGAAGUAGCCAUCCUUCAGAACCUUCACCACCCUGGAGUCGUGAACCUUGAGUGCAUGUUUGAAACACCAGAACGCGUGUUUGUUGUUAUGGAGAAGCUUCAUGGUGACAUGCUGGAGAUGAUACUGUCUAGCGAGAAGGGGAGGCUGCCGGAGCGCAUCACCAAGUUCCUUGUCACACAGAUCCUUGUUGCUCUUCGCCAUCUUCACUUCAAAAACAUUGUACACUGUGACCUUAAACCCGAGAACGUCUUACUGGCAUCUGCUGACUCCUUCCCUCAAGUGAAGCUGUGCGAUUUUGGCUUUGCCCGGAUUAUCGGGGAGAAGUCAUUCAGGCGCUCAGUGGUGGGCACCCCAGCGUACCUGGCCCCGGAGGUGCUGAGAAACAAGGGCUACAACCGCUCUCUGGACAUGUGGUCCGUGGGGGUCAUCAUCUAUGUCAGCCUCAGUGGGACCUUUCCAUUCAACGAGGAUGAGGACAUUCAUGACCAGAUCCAGAACGCUGCCUUUAUGUAUCCACCCAACCCAUGGAAGAAGGUGACCCCAGAAGCAAUUGACCUCAUUAAUAACCUGCUGCAAGUCAAAAUGAGGAAGCGCUACAGCGUGGACAAGUCCCUCAGUCAUCCUUGGCUACAGGACUACCAGAUGUGGUUGGACCUGCGGAAUCUGGAGUGUAAGAUGCAGGAGCGAUACAUCACCCACGAAAGUGAUGACAUGCGCUGGGAGCAUUUUGCAGAGCAAAACGGCCUGCAGUACCCCGCCCACCUAAUCAACCCCCACGCUGACGUCAGCAAGGAGGCAGAGUCCGAAGACGCCAUAAUGAGCAUGCUCAGUGAUCGAGUCAGUGUGCUAUAAAUUGCUGCCUGUCCCUUUAAGAGCACAACACAAACUAAAGACAACUGCUCACUCCCAAAGCAACAUGUCAGGAAAAACAUACAGGCAGGAGAACGCAUGAAUAAACAGAGUUACUAUCCACAGCCAUCUUAAAACAGCUUUACUGAACUUUGUUGCUAUGGAUUACCAGUAAAUUUCAACUCUCAGUGCCUGAACUACAUUACGUUACAACUCGCAACCAUUCACAUGCACUUUUCCUUAAACUCAGCAUUUCCAUCCAACUCACUUUACUGGACAAGGCACAUUAAAGACAAAUACAGCUUAACUAAGAAUGUUAAAAUACAUCUUUUUUCAGGGAGAAAACAAAAAGAAAAAUUGUGUUGUCUGUAUUUUUACAAUGGUGGCUCUACACAGUGAGUAAAACUGUAGCAGCAGCAGUAUUAUUAUUAUCAUCAUAAUUAUUAUUUGUACCAUUUCAGUGAAAACCAUAAUUUAUGACUGACCUGUGGGAAAUUUCUCAAGCCAACAAAUCUGAAUGUGCAGCACAAAUUAGUUGGAGACCGUCACAAUGCUGUGGUGACCGUUGCCUUAGUGGAACGUAAUUACUACAGAAAGUGUAAAAGCAGAAAGUCCUUGCAGCUUUUGUGGUCUUGUGUGGUGCCAUGGUGCAUAUGAGCAUAUUUUGUAUGUAUGUUUGUGUGUGUGUGUGUGUGUGUGUGUAUGCGUGUCUGUGUGUUUGGAGGGGAUGGGAAACCCCUGUGCGCAAAUCAGCCAGCCUGCAGAUGUUUUUUUCCCUUUUGCUUUCUUGGAAGUCAAUUGGAAUAAAAAAGAAUUUAAAGAUG